AUGGGAUAGUGUUAAGUACCACAAAUGUAAUAAAUUGAAGAUGAUUUUACAGCAAUUUAAAAAAAUGCAGUAACGCUCAAAGCAGUGCCUGAAAAACUGAAUCAAUUAGAAGCAUAGAUUAAUGGUAUUAAAAAUACAGCUGAUCAAGUAAUAUUUUCUUUAAUCAAACUAGCUCACUCAUUCAGUUAAUAAUAUUAUACAAACCAUACAAAAUAUAUAAAAGACUCUCCCAUGA